AAACGCUCUUAGGUGAAAGGGCAGAGAUAGUGACCAAACAGUGGGGGAAAAAGAGCCCGGUUUGAGAAGUGCGGAAACCAAGCAGGAAAGGGUGAAGAGAAGCAAAGAUUCCCAGGUAUUCGAAAGGCACCUCUUUGCUCAGUGGACAAAAUAAUAAAGAGUCUUCUUCACUAUGUGGCCCCAUCGGCACCUUGUCCAGAAAGGAAUGUUUUGACUUCCUGAACACUCCAGUGGGAUUCUCCACCUCUGUCCCAAGAGGCACAACAUCACCAACCUGCGAUCAGCACACAUGAAGAAGCAAUAAAGAAGCAGAACCUCCUUGCAAAAAGAAAUCAUCAUCAUCAUCAUUUCUCUGAUUGUAUUUAAACAGGCAGUUUUCGAAGAAUAGCCUGUGACCAAGAAUUACAAAGUGCGGUCAGAAUAAUAUGCGAACAGAUCAUGAAGAACUCUGUGGCAGCAGUUAUGGAUCUUUCUGUCUAAAUGGAGGGAUUUGUUAUAUGAUACCUACUAUUUCCAGUCCUUUUUGCAGGUGUGUUGAAAACUAUACAGGAGCUCGGUGUGGGGAAAUUUUGCUUCCCAGCAUCAAGAGUCACGCAAGAGGUGAACUGUUUGCAGCUGUUUUGGCUUCGGUGGUCGUUCUGAGUGUCUUGGUAGCGGGAGCCUUCUUCUUUCUUUGCAGGAAGGGCCAGGUUUCGCGGACCAGUUCAAUAGAGCGUGGGGACAAUCUGAUUGAAGGAGACAACAGCAGUCGUCCCAACAAGAUCACGGAAUAAAGGAAUUCAAGCUGGAGACGGUGAAACAAAAGCGCCAAUUAUUAAUCAGCAACAGCCAAAGCAGCCAUAGAAAAGCUGAAAUCAUGUUGUGGAAUAUGGUACGAAGACAGAACAGAGAAAAUAUCCAAGACAAAUAGGUGUUGGGCUGAUGAGUGGGAAAGCAUCUAUCCAACCAAAUAGUUAUAUUUAAGGGGAUUUUGACUGCUUCAAAGAGUGAAGAGAAAUUGUGCACAAAUGGCUUAUUAGUGAAUUUUCUCAGAGCCUUUCCUAAGUUGUUUUUCAUGCUAUUUACCAUUUAGUUAUUUCCGGAGGAAGUUGUUGCUUUUUGAAUGCACUUGCAGUUGAUAUAACAGGAUUCUUGAAAAGACCCAAUGGCACCACAGAGAAGGAAUGCCUGUUCAAUAAUCUGAAUUUGUGCCUGGUUCCUUUAUUUGUUAAACACAACAUGAAAAUCAGUGAGCCGUAAAUUAUGAAAGGAACAUAUUUAGGCAGAGUCAUUACACUGUCUUUGAUAUGCAUCCCUAAUAUCUGGCAAAGACCCUUUCUUGGUUCAGUUCUCUCUCUCUCUCCUGACAACACUUGUAAAGAAACUUGGAGAGUGGAACAUUUAAGAAAGUGAAGAGCAGGGGCAACCCUAGUCCCCUUGGCUCACAUUUAAUACAAAAUGUUUGCCAUCUGCUUCCACUGCAUUUAGACAAACGGGGGACUUUUCAUUGCAUCCACACCCAGGUUUGCCAUGCACAGAUCUGAUUCUUCCAUUCAAGUCCUGAUACGAUUUUUUUUCUCCCAAUAUAAGCGGUUUUGGAAACACUGUUAUAAAGCUCAAUGGAGAGAGUUGAAUCUUUGUGUAAUACAAAAAAAGGAUAGGAAGAUUUCAGAACCUGUAGCCACUGAUACAAAUGCAUGCAAUUUUAUUCCUGAUGUUCAUAUUCCAGCCAAGAUAUUGUCUUUACAUUUUGGGGGUGUUUAUGGCUAUACUCAGAGCAACUCAACAUAUGAAUGCCCACUUUCUAAUUUAGAUUCAAACCCAGCCCUGCCAGUAGUUUCAGACCUAGAAUGCGGACAAUUCAUUGACACUCUUACUUUAAGGAAAGCUCCUGAAGAGGACCUCAACAACAUUUGUGUUGUUGACCAUCCAAUCAAACUUUUGCAUAUAAUCUCCAAGCUGUAUAUCUGUCAUCUUUUAAAUAAACUGGAAAACUGGCCAGAGUCAACAAGACCUUCUCCUUCAAAGCACAGGGGUUUUCAUAGGGGCCACAGUACUAUAGAUCACUCUAUUACACUGAAGUCACUGAUACUGAAUUAUAUCAUUUGUUACAGAAAACAUCUUUAUGUUGCAUUUAAUGACUAUACAUCAGCUUUUGGUUGGGAGAUGCUUGAGAGGACAGACACUGGAAGAAGGCUUCUCAGGUUACUUGUUGAAUUACAUUCAGAUUUUAAAGUUAUACUGAGCGUUGGAUGGCAGAGGUCUCUGACUGACCCUGUUUUCCUAAAGAGAGAUGUUCAAGAGAAUUGUCUGCUGGCUCCUUGUUUAUUUAAUAUCUAUGUUAAUAGAAUUAUUCAGGCCAAGGACUCACAGAAUUUUUUCUCUUCUUUGCUUAAGAAGUUUAAAGUCCCAGUUUGGUUGUAUGCUGACAACAUGGCUCUUGUUUCUUACUCUGAGAUCAGGCUUAGAAGAACGAUGGUUAGAUUGGCUGACUACAAUGAAAAGAAGCUGAGGAUUAAUUACAAUAAAACAAAAAUUGUUGUCUUCAGCUGUAGUGGAACCAAACACGGGUGGAGAAUCCAUGUCCUGCAAACAGAGCAAUGCCCUCUUUUAAAAUGUAUAGCUGCUGCAUUUCAGGAGUUUUUGCCCUGGAAGACAUACAUCAGUCCAUUUCUAAUUCCCGUUUGUUGGACGCUGGGGGUUAACUUACUUUUUUUAGUCUCUAAACGUGGUCAGUUCAUAGCUCCUGCACUUAAAAUACUCCGUGGUAAAGUAGUUAUACAGCUCUUAUGUGACACUGAAAUGAAGAGGUUGAAAGAGAAGAUGCUCACACAGCUGGAAAUAAUCCAGGAUAGUUGUUUAAAGAAAAUUCUUGAUCUCCUACAAAGCACAUUUGCCAGACUCUUAAAAAUAGAGGCAGGGCUGCCCUUACUUACUGUAAACAUUCAUCUUAUAUUAUUAAAAUAUUUUAAGAAGUCUUCAGACAAAUUGGAGAGAGAAUUGUAUCUGCUCACCUGGUUAGACAUCUCGCUAAACUAUGGUUUUGGGAUUAGCAUCGGUAUCUGGAUCACUUUUAUUAGCGUUGUUACUAUUACUAGAUAUUUGGGGGUUUAUAUUUAUGUUGGUUUUAUAUAUUUGUACUCAUUUUCCUAUUAGAUGUACCAAUGCUUUUGUUUUGUUUUUCUGUUUUAUGAUCCGUGGUUACAACAAUAAAUGUACUUACUUGCCAUGCACUUCAGUAGAUUUUAAUCAUGUUCACACAUUGGGUUCUCUGGUUGAUAUAAAAAAGAGAGAAUGGGAAUGGUUGAGCAAUAUAUCUGUCAUAGUGACAUGCAGAUAGAUGUGUUUGCAAAGGGAUGCGGCAAACAGCAAUAAAUAUUUUGGAUCAGACAUGAAGAUAUAAGUGGGCUAGAAAAUGGGAACAGAAAAAUCUGAUCUUCAAGAAGGAUGUACUAGGUCUUCUGAACAUAGAGCUGUCAGGGAAGCGAGAGGAGUCAACAGAUGUAACUGAAAAGAAGCUUAAACUCUUAUAUUAGUAGACAGCAUAAGGAAUAACCUGUGUGUUAAUGGAUUGCUCUUCUCUGCCAUCCAGAGAAUGACAAAUUCUUCGCCACAAUAAUUUGGAGGGUGAUGCUUAUAAGUCAGUAUUAAAGGACAAUAUCAUCCAUAUCUCUGAUAGAAUCAACUGGAGGGAGGAGAACACAAAACAGAAGUUAGCUUUGCUUAGAUGUAAUUUCAGUUAUUUUUUGUGAUUGGCAACUGAGAAUUGUAGGGAGAAAAACAUACCAGCAUUUGCAUCAGAGCUUCUCAAUGUGGAGGACUGUCAUUUAUUGUUUUCCAUAGUGCAGGAACCAGGGACUAAACUGGGUACAGUUAUUUCAUUUCUGGGCUGCCAGGGACUGACAGCUCCUGGCUCCUGGACUUGCACUAGUCCAGGGACCACCAUUUUGAGUCAUACUGACUUAUAAGAUGCACUGUCACAUCAUUUUGGAAAAGGACAGCCCUGCAUUUUCCUUCCAUGGUAAACAAAAAUGUGAUGUGUGAAGAGUAAAGGUUACCAAAGAUCAUGAUGUAAGCUUGGGACAUCAGUGGCUAUCUGUGUAAGGGAGGUGAGGGACAAUGUCUCCAGGUACAUUGCAGCUCUUGAAAUGAUGCCAUGCUACUUCCAGUUUCAAGAUUCAAGAAUAGCUGCAUUUCAUGAGUUUCCCCCCAGAUUUAGGUGCCUGUGGAUGGGUUUUGAGGAAUCAGCUGGAAAAAUGCUAAAAUAGGGAUGGGUGGGUAGGUGGGUCUGGGUGCUCUAGUAGUCUAUGGAGUCUUGGGAGGACAUAUUUCCCCUGACCUUGUCUUAGGUGGAGGUAAAAAUUAAGCCUGGUGUACAAAAGCAAAAUGCAGAAAGCACAUCUAUCAGAUGACUUGGAAAAUUUAAUUCUGCACAUUUUCAACAGUAACUUUUUGUGCUGUUAUGUACUUUAGAUUUGUUUGGAUGUAUCUGUUUAUGUGGACAUUUACGUUGUGUUAUUUAAGUGUGUUAGUCAUCUUGAACAUAAAAAUGGUGAAAAGGCAAGAAGCUCUCUCUUGCGCACACGCACAUCAAUUUAAAAAACCCAUCUUCUAGUUAAAGAAAUUUCUUAGAUAAUUUUCCAGGAAUCCAUAACACUAUUUCCAGAUACUGUGAAAGAAGACAAUAUUGCUAAUAUUUUACAGGACAAAAUAUAUAAGCAUAGCUGUGCGUUGAUCUUGCAGUUGUCAAACACAGAAUGUCAGGGGUAUGUGAAGCUGCCAAGAGAUGGAUUAGAAUUGGCUUUAUCUUCAGUAAGUAAAACAGUCCAAGUACGGUUGAAUCACAUCGGGACACCAUUCGAUAAUACUGAGAAAGUACUGUGUUCCAUCAAUUCAUUUUUAGCAAAGGCACAACCAACAAUAUACAGGCCUAUUUUAAAAGGCAUGGAAAAUAAAAAAGGCCCUUGAUUGUCCUGAAUAGAUCUUCAUGGAGGAGAGGUGUAGUAAACAAAAUAAUAAAAGAGACUUUUUCAUAUGCUAAAACUUGCAGAAUCUUCUUAAUAUAACAUAGGGGCAUGUUACAUUAUUCCCUUAUUUUGUGUGAACUAGUUGGAAGGCUUUAGGCAAUGCCUUUUACUCGUCAAAACCAAGGCCAGUCAACAUAAAUAUUUUAUUUGUGAAUGAAGUUUACUAUCUGUUCUUUGAAGACCUAGUUAGGGGCAAAACACACAGGCAGGGAUCCCCAUAGUAUCCUGGCCACAGAUAUGGCCUGUUUGCAGCCCCAGAACUCACCUGGACUUGUGUAGCUACAGGCAGGUAUUUAGAUGACUUUCUGCCACUGUGCCACCAUUGCCACUGCUACCUUGUCCGCUGCCCCACCGCAGCCCAUAAGAGCAGAAAUGGGGCACCUGGCUUCACCCAGAUGGCCAGGUGCCCUUUUCUGACAUCACAGGUUGAGAUGGGGACCUUCACAGAGAACAGUGGCAGCAGGUAAGGAGGUCUGAAGCCAUCCAGUCUACUGUCUGUCACAGGGAUUUUCUGGGAAACUUUGCUGCAAACAGCUGGGUUUUUUUUAAGACCAGGAUAAGGGCUGGUUGAGCCGGUGUGGCCAGUGUCAGGCUAGAUCUGCUGGAAUGGCUCCAGUCUGCCUGACCCCAGCCCUGGGCUGUUGGCCUGUGUCACCUAAAUAAGACAAACUAGGCCGGGAAAAACAUGGGCCUUGAGAGCCUCUACAUGUCUCUCAAACAAGCAUUCAGAAUUUAAAACCAGUUUGAAAUGUUACUUGCUGAAAUGCUCAGAUUAGAAAUACAAUGGUUUCAAGUCGGCCAAACAUAAACCAGAAGUUAUCUGCUUCUCUUCCUAUUGCAUGAAGCUAACAUGCAAUUUUCUUUUUUAAACACCAAUUUGGAGAAAGUGAUGUAUUAUAACUCCAACUGAAUAGGGGAAGGAAGGAAGGAAGGAAGGAAGGAAGGAAGGAAGGAAGGAAGGAAGGAAGGAAUCCAACCCUGCUAGAUCAAAGUUGCUUCUUUACUGAUUAUAUUUUGUAUUUGUAUUGUAUUAUUUUACUGAUGUAAUCCCGGCUCGAUCCAUGGGAG